UUAUUGGAAAAUAUUAGGUUGUGUUUUUCUUUUAUCGGUCAGUGAAAAUGGCUAAUUUGUUAAUUAAAAGUAACUUUACUUCGGUUAUACGUAAUAGUAAUCCUUUGCUAAUACCUGCACGUCUUGGACACACAAUUCGUGGCAAGCGGCCGGGUGUAGCAAAAUCAUUAGAACAACGACUGCAGGAGGAAAAUGCCAAAGAUCCGGAGCUGACGGCACGUGUAAACAUUGGCUUCCCACAUUUGAAGUCUUCACGCUCAGAACAGUUGAAACAGAGGCUAACACAUUUGAAGGCUCGGCGUUCGAAUGAGGAGCUUGAGAAAUUGGCUCGUUCUAAUAAAUUGCUAAUUGAUUUGGAUGAAGUGCAGAAAGAGUAUCGGGCAACUACAGGACAAUUCGAUUUACGUGUCAUUGCUGAUCAUUAUGGCGUUUUCGAUGACUUAUUCGGCUUGGCAUAUUUUGUGCCGCGCGUAGCAUUGAAUAUUCAGUAUGAAGUUGAAGCCGGCACAUUCAGCCCCGUGUACAAUGGCAACGUUAUAAAACCUGCAGAAGCCGCAAAUGCGCCUGAAGUUAGUUUCGAUGGCACGAUCGAUCCAAUAACUGGAAAGAAAACAAAAGAAGAUUGUUUCUGGACACUUGUAGCCACUAAUCCGGACGCUCACUUUACUGAUAGUUCUUCCGAAUACGUUCAUUGGUUCAUCUCGAAUAUUCCAAAUGGCGAUGUUAAGCAGGGAGAGGUUUUAGUAGAAUAUUUGCAACCUUUUCCACCGAAGGGGGUUGGUUACCAACGCAUGAUAUUUGUGCUAUAUAAACAAAAUGCAAAAUUAGAUUUUAGUAAAUACAAACUUCCAAAAAGCGAAAGUAACAAUUUGGAAAAGCGUACAUUUAGAACACUCGAUUUCUAUCGAGAACAACAGGAAAAUAUAACACCAGCUGGACUUGCAUUUUUCCAAAGUGAUUGGGAUACUUCGCUCACGAAAUUUUACCAUAAUGUUCUGAAUAUCAAAGAGCCAAUAUUCGAAUAUGAUUUCCCCAAACCAUAUUUGGCCGAUCAGAAAUUCUUCCCAUUGAAGCAGGCAUUUAAUUUGUAUUUAGAUCGUUAUCGCGAUCCAAGAGAUGUUAACCAAGAAUAUCUGGAGCGAAAUUUAGCCAAAUCGCAUCCAUUUGAGGGUCCUGAAAAACCGUUGCAAUUCCCAAAUGCGCAUCCAAUACGUGGUGUGCCAUCAUGGUUGAAAACAGAAAUACGAAAACGGCGAUUGGGUAUUGGCCGCAUUAAUGACUACAAAUAAGCGUAGUUUUGUUGAAUUGUAAGUAAAGCUGCGCAAAAUUUUAACCGUUACAUGUUUUAGAAUUAUAAUAAAAAGCAAUAAAAUAAAAAUAAAACAUUCAAA